CGUUGAGCUGCUCGCUAGGGUUUUGGGGGAUUUUUGAGCAGGGAAAAUGGCGCGCUGCGAGGCCGGCGCCUGGGAGUCGCAAUGGAGGCCUCGAUGCGCAACAUUUUCGAGGCGGCCGGAUUUCGAUCGUAUUCCGUCCGCUAGAGAGCGUGAUGCUCAACUUCUCGUCCCUGUGAAGAAGAGGAAGAGAGGCCAAUGUUCUGGCAGUGGUAGCACCAGCAGCGGCAGCGAUGGAAGCUGUAUUACGAGUGAUACAGCCCAAAAUGCCAACAAGAGGCUCCGUCUGGACCAUGUGGAGGCAUUGCUUCAUCUAGAAGCGAAGCAGACGCUUCUAUGGGGAUAUUUGGAUGAUACAUGUUGCUUGGACUCCGUAGCGAGAGGAUCUAUCGUCGUAAAGUUCUUCCAGUGCAUGGCAGUACACAACGAGACAGUUUUUCUCGCAACGACGUUUUUGGAUAUGCUUUUACUGGCUAUGAAGAAUUGCAUCGCGAAGAGCGUACUUGGGAUAUUUGCCGUUGCGUGCAUGGCCGUGGCCAUGAAAUAUGAAGAGAACAAGGCGAAGUUCUCGCCUGUUCUUCAGCUCAGCGAGCUCUUUCGCUAUAAGAUCCAUGACGUUCUUACUGCCGAACGCGUUUUACUGGAGGCGAUUUGCUACAAGUGUGAAGUGCCAACUGCAAUGAUCUUUCUAAGGUAUUAUCUUGAAGGCGUCAACGCGAGCACCAAAAUCGCUAGAACUGCAGAGUUCCUGGCGUGUCUCUCACUCACCGAAUACGAAAUGCUCAGAUUUAGGCCUGCAGCAUUAGCCGUGUCCUCGAUCACCCUGGCCUUUCGCUUAGAGGGAAUAGAUGCUAAUGUGAGGGAGCUCUUAAAGAGGAAUACAGGCGUCCAAUUCAUCGCAAGAGCCUCGGAAUGCUGUAUCCAGGAACUCCUUAAGCUUUACAGAUUUGUCCUCGUUGACAGUCCGAAGGCCUGCCAUCUUGUGAGGAUGUUGAAAACGAGAUGCAAUAUCCAGUGGAAUCUCAAGCAUCACUGAGCUAGAAGGUUCAGU